AUGCCCGUGCUCAACGAAUCUCAACCACUGUGGCCGGCCGGCGUGGUGCCGCUCGUCGGAGCUGAUGCGGAAGAGGACCGCGAGCAGCUGGAGGCAUGGUGCCGCAGAUUCGCGGAAGAGUGCGAGGCCAGCGCUGCGGGCUCCGAAAUCGGCGAGUCAGAUGCCGAGUCUCUCAUGUCGACGACGCCCAGAACCAUUCGACAUGGCGGGACGCUAGAACAACAACGAGGCUGGAGGCGCUGGCAGCUACGAGUUGUUGGCGCUGGAUUGGUCACCGUGGUGCUUCUGGCCAUGUGGAUCGUUUGGCGAGGUAGCACGCUCAGCCAGGACCAAGUCGGCAAGACUGGGGAGACCCUGCAAAGCCUGUACCAAGCAGGACCGCCACCACCCACUUACGCCAACAACUACGAUGCAUUCAACCCGUUGAGGAUCGUCACCUGGCAGCCCCGGAGCAAGAACUACUUCAUCAUCAUCGGGGACUGGGGCAAAGCUGGCGGGCCGGGGACCUGUCAGAACGAAGUGGCCGGCAAGCUGAAGAGCUUCGUGGCUGCGCAGAAGCAGGCUGGGAAGAACUUGCAGUUCAUAGCCUCGGUCGGGGAUAACUUCUACUGGGCCGGCGUGACGCCGGAGGCCUGGUACAAGGACUGGAUGGCGCCCUAUGGACCAACGGAUCCACAGUCACCGCUCUUCCAGGCGGGCAGCCGGCAGCACAGCGAGGGCCCGGGGAUUUAA